CCCCGCUCAUGGUGGCCACGCUAAUGUUAAUCGUGAUCAUGCACUCACUACACAAAUCUUUUUUCACUGCUCAUAGUUUUUAUCUAGUUGACGAAGCUUGCCUAUAUAUACAAAACCCUAGAUACAUCGCUUGCAAUAAUAUUUCUCCAUACACAUAUCAGGGGUUAACUUUGGCAUGCAAGAAAGUCACCAUGAAGGCCUUGCUAGUGUUUCUUUUGAUUUUUGUCUUGGUCUUGGAAACCAUGGCAGCUAAUGGAAAGUUGUUCACAGGCACCGUAGUCGAGGAGGAAAAAAAGGUGACGGGGACGACCAAUCGUCGUCUUCUCGGUGAGCCGACAGAUCUUGGUCGAAAGGUUGGUGGUGGCAAGGGUACUGAUGUCAAGAACGAUGAUGAUGACAACAAAAACGAUAGUUUUGGCAACUAUGACCAAGGCACUGGAUUGUAUACAGAGACUCAUCACCGUUUCACAACCACAACAAACCCAAUAGAACCUAGCAAUCAUAAUUAGUAAAAUACAUACAUACAUAUAUAUUGCUUAUGGUAUGGCACGUAUAUGCAUGGCUUGUGAUUAAUAAAGUGAAACUAACAUCAUGUUCGAUGUUUCACAGAUCAAAAUCCAACCUGUCAAUCUUUACCUCGUUAGAGAUUGCGAGUUCGAUUCCCCAAAGGCCAUAUGGCUUUAUGUGAAAAUCUAAUAUACGAGCGUGUGUGUGGAAUAAAACAACAUCUCAGUGCAUGAGUCUGUGAUCAGACUGUCGUGUAAGAUUUGAGAUGUGAGAGCAGUGUAAUAUAUAUUGUGAAAUAUGCAAGAAAAUUAUGUGGCUUGUGUACAGGCCAUAUGUGUGUGUUGUGGAAUAAAAGCGACGCUAGCCAGCGCUAUAUAUAUAUCA